GGACGCCCAGGCGGGCGAACCCCUUCCUGCCCGGAAACAAAGUGCACCUUUGUCAGCGACCAGGCGCAUGUGAGCCGCAGACGGCGGGCAGCGCGGAACCCUAGGGGCAUAUCUUCGCCCGGGUCUCAGUUCACACCUGGGCCUCCCACACCAGCGUCCCGCCGUCGUGGCUUGUGCUCUCCGCUUUCUGGGAUCUUGGCGGGACAGGAAAGGGACCUUCCGUUCUGCCUCGGCUGAGUCGUCUUUGACUCUCCUGCUAGCAAGGUUGGGCUGCCUGGUCUCAGCGCCAUACCGGCUGCACUCUCGCCCCAUAGUCUCUGCUCAAAAGCGCCCUUGCCUCGUCAGGCCCCGGACUACAACUCCCAUCUAUCUUGCGCCCAGAGCGCGUCGUGGGCGGUGCCUCUGAGCAGGCGCCUGCGUAGUCCGGCGGCUGGAGCCUAGAGUACCACACCCCCGGGAGGGGAACGAGGGGAGGUUGAAGCAUCCGAGGCAUUAAAGCGUCCCCGGGAGCCGGAGGGGAGGAGAAUGGAGUGACAGAGACGCGCAGAGGGUGGGGGGUGGGGGGGGAGAGUGUUGAGGGAGGGGGGGGGGGGGACACAGAGGGAGGAAGAAGCAGCGGCGGCGGCUCCUCGGUGCAGAGGGGGGAACUCCGCGGGCUCCGAGCAAGAAUAAUGCGGUAGCAAGGCGGGCUGCUUGCUCCCGGCUCUGGCAUUAAGCGGCGUCAGCCCGAGCAGCGGCAGCGGCAUCACUCCAGGCGCUGACAGCCCCGGCAGGCUCCCUCGCUGACUGCCGACUGUCAAUGGAGCUGGAAAACAUCGUGGCCAACACGGUGUUGCUGAAAGCCCGGGAAGGGGGUGGAGGAAAGCGCAAAGGGAAAAGCAAGAAGUGGAAGGAAAUCCUGAAGUUUCCUCACAUCAGCCAGUGUGAAGACCUCCGAAGGACCAUAGACAGAGAUUACUGCAGUCUAUGCGACAAGCAACCAAUUGGGAGACUGCUUUUUCGACAGUUCUGUGAAACCAGGCCUGGGCUGGAUUGCUACAUUCAGUUUCUGGACUUAGUGGCAGACUAUGAAGUUACUCCAGAUGAAAAACUUGGAGAGAAGGGGAAGGAAAUAAUGACCAAGUACCUCACUCCAAAGUCCCCAGUCUUCAUCGCCCAAGUUGGCCAGGACCUGGUCUCCCAGAUAGAGAUGAAGCUCCUGCAGAAGCCCUGCAAGGAACUCUUCGGUGCUUGUGCUCAGUCUGUCCAUGACUACUUGAAGGGAGACCCCUUCCAUGAGUACCUGGACAGCAUGUAUUUUGACCGUUUUCUGCAGUGGAAAUGGUUAGAAAGGCAACCAGUGACCAAAAACACUUUCCGGCAGUACCGAGUGCUGGGCAAAGGGGGCUUUGGAGAGGUCUGUGCCUGCCAGGUUCGGGCCACAGGUAAAAUGUAUGCUUGCAAACGCCUAGAGAAGAAGAGGAUCAAAAAGAGGAAAGGAGAGUCCAUGGCACUCAAUGAGAAACAGAUUCUUGAGAAGGUCAACAGCCAGUUUGUGGUCAACCUGGCCUAUGCCUAUGAGACCAAAGAUGCUCUGUGCCUAGUCCUGACCAUCAUGAAUGGGGGUGACCUGAAGUUUCACAUCUACAACAUGGGGAACCCUGGCUUUGAGGAAGAACGAGCCUUGUUUUAUGCAGCUGAGAUCCUCUGUGGCCUGGAAGACUUACACCGUGAGAAUACUGUCUAUAGAGAUCUGAAACCAGAAAACAUCCUGCUGGAUGAUUAUGGCCACAUUAGGAUCUCAGACCUGGGGCUGGCUGUGAAGAUCCCUGAGGGAGACCUUAUCCGUGGCCGGGUGGGCACUGUUGGCUAUAUGGCUCCAGAAGUCCUGAACAACCAGCGAUACGGCCUGAGCCCUGACUAUUGGGGCCUGGGCUGUCUCAUCUAUGAGAUGAUCGAGGGCCAGUCACCAUUUCGAGGCCGCAAGGAGAAGGUUAAGCGGGAAGAGGUGGAUCGCCGGGUGCUGGAGACUGAGGAGGUGUACUCCCCCAAGUUCUCCGAAGAGGCCAAGUCCAUCUGCAACAUGCUGCUCACCAAAGACUCGAAGCAGAGGCUGGGCUGCCAGGAGGAGGGGGCUGCUGAGGUCAAGAGGCACCCCUUCUUCAGGAACAUGAACUUUAAGCGUCUGGAGGCUGGGAUGUUGGACCCUCCCUUCGUUCCAGAUCCCCGGGCUGUGUACUGCAAGGAUGUGCUGGACAUCGAGCAGUUCUCCACUGUGAAAGGUGUCAACCUGGACCAUACGGACGAUGACUUCUACUCUAAGUUCUCCACAGGCUCUGUGCCAAUCCCAUGGCAAAAUGAGAUGAUAGAAACAGAAUGCUUCAAGGAGCUGAAUGUGUUUGGACCCAAUGGUACCCUCUCACCAGACCUGAACAGAAGUCAGCCUCCAGAACCUCCAAAGAAAGGGCUGUUUCACAGGCUUUUCAGGCGUCAGCAUCAGAACAAUUCCAAGAGUUCACCCACUCCUAAGACCAGUUGUAACCACCUCGUAAAUUCAAACCACAUCAGUUCAAACUCCACUGGAAGCAGCUAAUUUCAGCUCUGGCCUUGAAGUCCAAGGUGGAACCAACUCAGACCCUUCUACUUGGAAGCAGAACUUGUAGCUUCCACUGUGGCUGCGUAGCCAGGAGAGCUCCCCUGGGAACUGGGAUAGGAUACUGUUCACCCCAACAACAAGCCUCCAAGUUUCUCAAAGAAAUUUCCACUCAGGUCUGUUUUCCAAGGUGACCCCAAGCUGGGGUGGACUAGAAUUGUCCUCAUUGAGCAUUGCAAUAGAAACCCAGUGAGAUAUGACAGCUUGCACGGAUUUUAAUAGCAUCCUAACUAGAACUGAAUUUUGUCUUUAUUAUUUUUAAAUGAAAGUUUUGUAAAUUUCUCUAUCGUCUCCGUUUACAUUUUGUAUAUUUGUAUUUAAAUGAAAGUCAGACUUUAAGGGUGUAUAUUUUCUGUGUAGCCACUGUUAAGCCAUGUGUUUUAAGACAUUUUAGAUGGGGGGGAGGGGUUUACAAAAAAUGUGACUCUAGACUUCCAGAACAUCAAAAGAGAAAAUGUUUUUAUUAAAUGUAGAAAAUGUUUCACCUUUUACCGUUAAAGACCUGAUUACAUCUCCCUAUAUCCAUCUCUUUAACCUUUCCUCAGUGUAGCUAUCACUCUCUUGUUGACUUGUAAUAAUCUGAAUGAAAUGCCAAAAUACACUUGGGACAUCCCUCUCCUAAACGCUCUUUGUGGGGUAGGACCUCAGCAUUUGACAUUGCAGCUUCUCUUGUCCUCCUGCUGUUGGGCAUCUAGCAUACAAGGCAGGGAAUCCUAAGUCAUUGGGCUGCAGAUCUUGGCUGCUAAAGCCAAUAGUUUUCAAGAGGUUUCUGUUGUAUUUUGGGAUUUUUAUUAUAUAUUAUUUUUAGCAGUUUGUACUGAUGAUAAGAACCAGUCUUGGAAACCCAAGUGUUCCCAACCAUGGGACUAUGGAGAAGUAUGAAUCGGGGGGUCCAUAAUGAGUGACUACCUAUGUGCCUGUUUAGGCCUUGGCUGGUCAGUAAAGUGAUCACCAGAUCAUGACACCUUCAUGGGCCCCCACAGACAUUUUGGCUCGUGUGACAUGAAGGAAGUCAUCUUUCCAGGCAAAUGGGAUGCCUAAGAAGAAACUCAGGUACCUGUGAAGUGCAAGACAAUCUCAUUGUCACUUCCCAAGGAGAGCUGGGCCAGAGGCUGGUUCUAAUUAGGCAUCUCAGAGUUACAGGCACAAGUCACUCCUGGAAGAUUUGACAGACUUACCUUUCCAGCCCUAGGGAGUUGUGGCCCAGCCCCUGAAAUCCCAGGAGGUAACAAGGUACAGAUUUACCCUCACCUUCUCACCAGGACAGGGGAGCAGCUAGUCUCACUGCUCCUCUGGGAGAAGGAGGCUCUGAGUAUUUGUCUCAGCCAUCAACUACUGGGGUUUCUUACAGGGUGAGCCAGGUGCUACCUGAAUCAGCUCCUAUUAAAAUACAGAUUCCUGGGCCACACCCCAAGCCUAUUACUUGCUGAUCUCAUUUUAUAGUUCAGGCUGGUCUCAAAUUAAAAAUCUUCCUGCCUCAGCCUCCUGAGUGCUAGGAUUAGAUUGCAAGUGCACACUACCAUGAAAUCUGCAUCUUUCCUAAGCUACUCAGACCCUUCUGAUGCCCCAUAGUAUGAGAACCAUCCCCCAGGCCUGUGGAUAUGGCCAUUCCAAAUGUGUUUUUCUGACAACUUUGGAACUUGAGCCUGUCAGGAGGAGAACCCCAAGCAUAUAGAUCUCGUAUCAUUGAAUCCAAGCUCUCCCAGGGCUUAGUGCUAGAAAGGAGCCUGGUUUUGGGGACUAAUUAUCCUGAAGUCAGUUAACCAUGAAAGAGGAAACAGCCAGGCUCUAUGGAACAUGAUUCACCUCAAGCCUAGCCCCCUGGCUGAUCCUAAACCUUUCUUGGGCAGAAAAUGAAGCAAAUGCAAAAGACCAUAUCCAGGACACUUGGUACUUCCAGAUCAUCAAGCUGUUGCUCAUGCUUCUUCCAUGCUUUUCACAGGAUUGUUUCUAGUUCCCCACUCACAGCCAUAUAACCCUUGUCAGGUGGGUAACUGUUAGGGAACAGUUUCUCCUUAGGCCUCAAAAUCAAGGCAAUGCCCAUUUGCACAGAGAAUCCCCAGGAAGCUAAACAGACAGCACAAGUCUGGCUACCAUGUGUUCCCAUCAUGAGGUCCUGAAAAAUCUGUGCACUGAAAUGUACCUGAAUGCCUGUGGGAGGUAGGGGUAGUCACAUGAUUCAGUCUUUUAGUUUGUUUUGGCCUACUCGUGGCUUCAUAACAAGAAACAGUGCCUAAAAAGUGGCCCUCCUCCCUGACUGGGUCUUCCUUCUGCCUUUGUUAGCUGCAUUUUUUAAAAGAUUUUUGUUUUUGUUUUUAAAUGAAAAUAAACCCUCUCCCCUUUCCAGGAGAAAGCGUAUGUGAACAAUGAUGACUGUUGUGUAUGUGAGCUCUUGAUUUUCUGGGGAUGAUAUUCAGGGUUGUCCCCCGACAAAGGGUUUAAUGGACAAUUUUAAGUCAGAAUGAUUAUAGCAGAGACAACCCUUCCAGGAAGAUGGUGUGUAUCCUCUACUCAUUCUUGAGCCUGAACUGCAAGGCUCCAAGUUCACUCACCUGCCUAGGGGCUGAGUCCGGCUGCAGCCAUGGAGCUGGUCUCUGAAAUGUGGUGUUCUCUGGGAGGGCCAAGACAGCAAGAAGCCUGCCAUGUAGACCCAGGCAGGUAACUCAAGUAAUAAGCAUGUCUGACAGGCACUGGCCCAUGAUGUUUCUGAUGAGUUUGUGUGCAUGCCACUUCUUUGCUUUAGAGGCACAAGUAAGAUGCCUGCUUCAGAGCUAAGGCCAACCACUGAGAAAGCUGAGGCUGGGAAGUGUCCAUGCUUUUCCUAAGAAUAUAGCCCCAAUAUUGAAAUCUAUUAUUUUCUUCUGGACCAAGUACUUUCUUGAAAGAAUGGCUCUACUUUCCAGCAAAUUAACUGAGCUACUAACCUCAACACAGAGCAGGCAAUGCAGCCUCCUGGAGCCUGGUAUUCUAAGCCUUGACAAAGGGAAUGGUGACAGUUUCUUGGACAACUGGGGAAGAAAAAGCUGAUCCAAACAACCCUGAGAUCUUCUAUUGGGCUAUUGUGUGUCUGCUUUUCUGGUUUUAUCCUCAUUCCCUCCCAAGUGUCUCCCAUCUUCAUAACCCAAUACCCUGAAAUAGGACCUUUGAACUUGGGUCUUGCUAUGGAAAGGCAAUAUAAAGUCUCUUCCUCCAGACUAUAGUUGGAAAGCCUCACCCUGGCCCACUUUCUGUACCUAUUGGUACACCAGCCACACAGGUAGUGAAGCUGACAGGUUUGUAGGCCAGAUCCUGCACAGGCACAUAAAGUGCCUCCUCUGGUCCAAACUGAAAAGUCUUGACUCAGGACAAUGAUUUAACAUGUGACAAGCUAGCUCGCCCUAGGAAAGAAGUAUCAUUCAUCCUAAAGGAAGAUGCUGGGCAUUGGGCAUUUUUUCCAGUUCAUCAGCCCACCAUUCCUAUAAUAGAUCACAAGUAAUGUCCAUUAGAAGGGCAUUGUGGCUACUGGCAUUGUUAUAGUAAUAACUCUAGUAUCCAAAGGUUCCCAUUUUUUCCCCAGGGAUAUUUUAGCAUUAAUGAAUGAACGUGGUCCCAUCUUGGAGGUUAUUCUCAAUGAUAACAGCUGCUGUUAUACUGCUCUGAACCUCUCAUGUUCUGUUCACUUUGUCACAGUGCCACCGUGUCUAGCCACAACCACUGUUGUUUUAUAAAGAACAAUAAAUAAAUUCCUUAAUGAAUAUAA